AUGCGGCUGGCGCACUACGUGACCAUGGGCUCAGAGUGCACUGCCUCCCUCGCAAAGUAUCUCGACAACAUGGACAGGUCUGAGAUCGGGUGGGACGUCAGGAUCGCGCUCAGCGCCUACGGAUCCUUCAGCAGCAGAGAUUACCUCAACUCGCAGCGCCUCCGAUGCCGUCAGAUGCACUUCCACCAGAAGAUCUUCGAGACAGCCGACGCCAUCGUCACGCCGAUGACAGGGGUGACGGCGUACGCGCUGCAGGACGACGCGUUGAGCACGGGGGAGCUGGACUACAUCAACGGAGCGGCGCUGGUGAGGUACUGGAUCGCGGGCAACUUCCUGGGGCUUCCGGCGAUCACCGUGCCGGUUGGGUAG